UGCAAAUUCUGUAAUUUGAAAGAGAGAAGGAAGAGAAGAUGAUGUCUUUGAAGGGAUGUAAUUCAGUGGAUCAGCUUAAAUCACUGUCUCAAUGGCAAUCUGUCUCCGGUCCCAAAGCAAUGGCUCGUCGUGGAAUUCCCAUCGUUUCCUGCUGUUCUUCCUCUUUAACCUUUCCACAGCUACGAACUUCCGAUCUUGGUGUCUUGGAAUGGACGAACGGUUCGGUAGGAGCAGUAUCGAACAGGCCCAUCAAUGGGUCAGCAAGCUUGGUGGAGCAGCUUCAGCUUGGAAGUCUGGCUGAAGAUGGACGGUCCUAUAAAGAGAAAUUCAUUGUGAGGUGUUACGAAGUUGGGAUUAAUAAAACUGCUACUAUUGAUGCCAUUGCCAAUCUCUUGCAGGAAACUGCAUGCAAUCAAGUUCAGAGUAUAGGGUUCUCCACAGAUGGUAUGGGAACAACUAACACCAUGAGAAAGUUGGAUCUUAUAUGGGUGACUUCUCGAAUGCACAUUGAAGUUUACAAAUACCCAGCAUGGGGUGACAUUAUUGAGAUUGAGACAUGGUUCGAAGGUGGAAUAGUUGGGACAAGACGUGAUUUCGUCAUGAAAGAUGCCAAUGGCACACUUAUUGGGAGAGCAACCAGCAAAUGGGUGGCGAUGAACAAACACACAAGACGACUCUCGAAAGUCACUGCUGAAGUGCUGGAAGAAAUUCAGGAUUUCUCUCCAUUAACUCCACGAUUAGCUUUUCCAGAGGAGGAUACCAGUAGCCUGAAGAAAAUUCCCAAGCUUAAAGAACCUGCACAGUAUUCUAGAUUAGGGCUUAAGGCUAGAAGAGCUGAUUUGGACAUGAACCAGCAUGUGAACAAUGUCACCUACAUAGGAUGGCUUCUUGAGAGCAUGCCACAAGAAAUUAUUGACACCCAUGAACUUCAAAAGGUUACACUGGAUUACAGAAGAGAAUGCCAACAUGAUGAUGUGGUUGAUUCCCUCACUAGUAUGGAACUGAUAGAGGAUGCAGAAGCAAUUGCAGAGCUUAAUGGGACAAAUGGAUCUGCAAUUGAGUGGAAAAACAAAGACGACUGCCGUCAGUUCUUGCAUUUCUUGAGAUUGCCCGGUGGUGGACUGGAAAUAAAUCGGGGUCGCACCGAGUGGAGAAGGAAAUCAUCAAGAUAAGUUGUUGAUAACUUGGUGUCCAGCUUACACUUUUUGUAACUGUGUGGGUGGAGAAAGGAAUUGAACUAGAUUGGUAAAGAGUUUUGUUCAUUGAUACUCUCAUCAAUGUUCUUUGCUCAGACUUGGAAGUUUUACUAGUCUUUAGUUGGGACUUCCCUCUGUUAUUAUGUAAAAAAUAUGUAUUUUCUCUCAUUGUGUAAUAUGACAUUUUAGUAUUUUAGGUUAGCAGUUUGUCAUCUAUCUGUGUAUUGAAUUCCAACUUUCAUUGUAUGGCACACCCCCUGAACUCAAUAAAAUCAUUCUCUCAGUAUUUGUUAA